AUGACGUCGGGCGCAUUCCCGGCUCCUGCACUGCUUUCCGCUCCGCCGAGCAGACCUGACAGCGAAAUGCGAAUGUCUCAUUUACUGCAGCCUAUGCCCUCAGCCGGGCCGACGACAUCACCGUACCCGCGCUUUUAUGAUUCUGCCUCAGUCUCUUCCGGUGAGACUGCGCUUCCCGAUGCGCCACCAAUGAACUCAGUCUACCAAACCAGCCCCGGACAUGGGCAACAGACCGCCGCGCAACUACAACAGAAGCGCGCGUAUCGCCAGCGUAGAAAAGACCCUAGUUGCGAUGCUUGUCGCGAGCGUAAGGUCAAAUGCGACGCAUCCGAGUCGUCCAGCUGCACCGAAUGUAACAAUCGCAGGGUCCGCUGUCAGUUUACCAAAGAGACGAACCGCCGCAUGUCAUCUAUCAAACAGGUCCAGGAUCUGGAGAAGCAGUUACAGAAUACCAAACAGCAAUUGCAGCACUUGCAGACUGGCAUGAUGCGGCCGGAUCGCAUGGUGGAUGUGGAUGAAGGCAUCUCGCAGCCGAUGAUCAAGUUGCCUGAGAUCGAAUAUCGACCCGUGCGCCGUUCGAAGGCGCCCAUCCCACAGGAUUUCUCCGAGGUGCGGUCUAAUAUCCGAUAUUACGGCCAUGGCAUCUUGAAGGUGCCCACCCCAUACCGCCAAAAGGGUGCAGAGUCAUUGGUGACUGGCAAUGCGCCGGAGCUGCCGCCAAAGGAUCUAGCCGAUCAUCUACUGGCCCAAUAUCUGGGUUGCAUUCACGCGGUACUUCCGGUGCUCCAUUGGCCCAUUUUUAUCGCAGAUUAUGAGAGGGUUUAUCGGUCGGGGUCGUUGUUGGGUGUCUCGACUGAAUGGGCGGCUGUACUGUUUGGUGUGUUUGCCUGCGGCGCCAUCCACACGAACGAGGCCAAUCGGGAGGAGGAAGGCAAGAAAUACUUACGCACAUCCUGUGCGAUUAUUGAUGUUUGGCACGAUAACUUCAAUUUGGAUCGGGCUCGCGCGGCGCUGCUGGCAAGCAUAUUUCUCUACGAGGUCAAUUCGAAGUCGGCUAGUUGGGUGUGGAUUGGCUCGGCAGUACGUGUGGCUCAAGAGAUAGGGCUGCACAUCAACUCCGGACCGUGGCCUGCAGUCGAAGGGGAGAUGCGGAAGCGUGUUUGGUGGGGAUUAUACACCUGGGACCGACUACUGGCGCUUGAGAUGGGGAAGCCAGUGUUGAUCAACGAUCAAGAUUGCGAUAUCGAUCUACCAUGUCCCGUGGACGAACAGUACAUCACAGAAGGAGGCAAGAUUCUGGAAAGUCAGCCAACCACACCAUUGCUAGCUACGAUCCACGUCGUCCGGUCCAUCGGCCAACUCACGCGCACCCUACGCUCAGCAACCAUUAGCCCCGCCACCCUUGAGACCUUCGAACUCCACUUCAACACCUGUCUUGCAACGUUCCCAUCUCAAUUCCACCCCAAGACCGACCAAGAUCUUGACCCCCGCUCCCUCGCCCCGGUAAUCUACCUCCAAAACGCCCGCCUCCUUCUCCACCGCCACAACAUCUCCCCCUUCUGCCCCGACAUCGUCCGCACCUCAGCAAUGGACUAUUGCGUCUCAACGGCCCUUGACACGGCCAACAUCCUCGCCCGCUGCAUGCGCAACUACUCAACACACCCAGACCCACCAUGUAUCAACGAUCCCCGCUCUCACUUCGCCUCCUCCGCGGGUUCCCUCCUCUGCACACACAUCUGGCGCUGCACGCUCCUCCUCCUCUUCCGAGGCGAGUACGCCGGUGCUCUUGUCUGUGUACAAGCACUCUCAUCAAUCGGCGACAUGCGCACUGUGAACGCCGCCUGCGGGCGAUACCUCGCCUUCUUCCUACGGCGUCUGCUCGUUCGCAUCCAGCCAUCUGAGGGCAACUUCUCCGAUGUCGACCACGACGAAGAAUUGAUGGCAUAUGUCUCGGGCGACAUGCAAGGAACUAGCGACGGCAGCUGGAUAUGGCACGGAUCCGAGACGGGGUCUCAAUUGGAGAGGAUGGGGAUGGGUGUCUCGACGCUGACAUCAUCUCAUAAUCGAACGGAAAUGAAGAUGGAUGUCGGGUGGGAGGGUUGGGGUUGGGUUGAGAAGACUGUGCAAGAUCUUUUUUCUAGGCAGCAUCAGCAUCAAAAACAACAGCAGCAGAUUGCUUUUGGGCAGCGGGAUGUUCCAAUGGGACAGCCGAUUUUGGAGACGUCUUCUUCUUCUACUCUUGCGCCAGAAUCCACUUCUGAUACAGACAGACGGUCGAGCUCGGCACAUUCACGCAUGACGAUUGCUAGCAUCAUUUGA